CGGCGGCGGCGGCGGCGGCGGCGGCGGCGGCGGCGGCGGCGGCGGGCGCGGGGCCGCGGAGCUGAGAGGAGCUGCUGCGCGCACGGCGGUUAUAUUUCACACUAUGUGCUGACUGUAUCUACAGAAGAUAUUUAAAAAAAAAAAAAAAGAUAAACUUUUUUCCAAGAUUUUGAUUCCAGUGGAAUCUUUGCUUUAGCUUGUGUGUGUGCGUGUGCGUGUGCGUGUGCGUGUGUGUGUGUGUGUGUGUGUGUGUGUGUGUGUGUCAGUGAACCCGAGACUCCAGACGCGAUGCCGGUGCAAGCCCCGCAAUGGACGGAUUUCCUCUCCUGCCCCAUCUGCACUCAGACUUUCGACGAGACAAUCCGGAAGCCCAUCAGUCUGGGCUGUGGCCACACUGUGUGCAAAAUGUGCCUGAAUAAACUGCACCGCAAGGCGUGUCCGUUUGACCAGACCACUAUCAACACUGACAUUGAGUUCCUCCCCGUGAACUCGGCGCUGCUGCAGCUCGUGGGGGCUCAGGUCCCCGAGCAGCCGCCCAUCACUUUGUGUAGUGGGGUUGAAGACACGAAGCAUUACGAGGAGGGCAGGAAAUGUGUGGAAGAAUUAGCCUUGUACCUGAAGCCCCUCAGCAGCGCCAGAGGAGUGGGUCUGAAUAGCACCACCCAGAGCGUCCUGAGUCGGCCCAUGCAGAGGAAGCUGGUGACGCUGGUUCAUUGCCAGCUCGUGGAAGAGGAGGGCAGGAUCCGGGCCAUGCGGGCCGCACGGUCCCUAGGGGAACGGACCGUCACGGAGCUCAUCCUGCAGCACCAGAACCCCCAGCAGCUCUCCUCCAACCUCUGGGCAGCGGUCAGGGCCAGGGGCUGCCAGUUCCUCGGGCCAGCAAUGCAGGAGGAAGCGUUAAAGCUGGUUCUGCUGGCCCUUGAGGAUGGCUCUGCUUUGUCAAGGAAAGUUUUGGUUCUCUUUGUGGUGCAAAGGUUGGAACCCCGGUUUCCUCAGGCCUCUAAGACCAGCAUUGGGCACGUUGUCCAGCUCCUCUACAGAGCCUCGUGCUUCAAGGUCACCAAGCGUGACGAAGACUCGUCUCUGAUGCAGCUGAAGGAAGAGUUCCGGACUUACGAGGCGCUGAGGCGAGAGCACGACUCCCAGAUCGUGCAGAUCGCCAUGGAGGCGGGCUUGCGCAUCGCCCCGGACCAGUGGUCCUCCCUGCUGUACGGGGACCAGUCGCACAAGUCCCACAUGCAGUCCAUCAUCGACAAGUUGCAGACCCCGGCCUCCUUCGCACAGAGCGUUCAGGAACUGACCAUUGCGCUCCAGCGAACCGGAGACCCGGCCAACUUGAAUCGACUGAGACCCCACUUGGAGCUUUUAGCCAACAUCGACCCGAGUCCGGACGCUCCUCCUCCGUCCUGGGAGCAGCUGGAGAACGGGCUGGUGGCUGUGCGCACGGUGGUCCACGGGCUGGUGGACUACAUCCAGAACCACAGCAAGAAGGGCGCAGACCAGCAGCAGCCUCCACAGCACAGCAAGUAUAAGACGUACAUGUGCCGUGACAUGAAGCAGAGAGGAGGGUGCCCCCGUGGGGCCAGCUGCACCUUUGCGCACUCUCAGGAGGAGCUGGAGAAGUUCCGGAAGAUGAACAAGCGGCUGGUGCCCCGGAGGCCCCUGAGUGCCUCCCUGGGGCAGCUGAACGAGGUGGGCCUGCCCGCUGCCGCGCUUCUCCCCGAGGAGAGCGCUGUGGACCUGCCGGGCAGGAAGACCCCUGCGCUGCCCAACGGGAUCGUGGCGGCGGGCACGACGGUCGCGAAGCUGAUCCCGCGGGGGACGGAGCCUGGCUACGAAGCCGGCCUGAAGCCGGGGAAGAUGGACCACCUGAGCAGCAGCGCGCCCGGCUCCCCGCCCGACCUUCUCGACGCUGCUCCGAAGAGCAUUUCUGCCCUCCCUGUGAACCCGCACCCGGUACCUCCGAGGGGGCCCGCAGACCUGCCCUCUUUGCCCGUCACCAAACCGCCCCAGAUGGUGUCUCGAGGGUCUCCGCUCUACCCGGCACAGCAGGCGGACGUGUAUUACCCGGAUCCCCGAGGGACGGCUGCGCCCCCGUUUGAGCCAGCACCUUACCAGCCAGGCAUGUACUACCCGCCGCCGCCACCCUGCGUGUCCCGCUUCAUGCGGCCGCCCCCCGCCGCCGCCGAGCCCGUGCCCCCCUACCUGGACCACUACCCGCCCUACCUGCCGGAGCGCGUGGUGAGCUCGCAGUACGGCGCACAGCCGCAGCAGUACCCGCCCAUGUACCCCCCGCACUAUGACGGCCGCCGGCUCUACCCACCCCCGUCGUACGGGCGAGAGGAGGUGUUCCGGGAAAGCCCCGUGCCCCUGGACCUCCCGCCGGCCGCCGUCCCGCCCUACGUGCCGGAGCCCCGGGAGCGCUACCCGCAGAUGGACGCCUACUACCCCGUGUCCGCGCACCCCGCGCAGCUCCGGCCCUACGUGCGGGAGUCUCCGUACAGCCGGUUUCCGCCGCCGCCCCAGCCUCACCCCAGCCUGGAUGAGCUGCAUCGCCGCCGGAAGGAGAUCAUGGCGCAGCUGGAGGAGCGGAAGGUCAUCUCCCCGCCGCCCUUCGCGCCCUCGCCCACGCUGCCGCCCGCCUUCCAUCCGGAGGAGUUCCUGGAUGAAAACCUGAAGGUGGCCGGGAAGUACAAAGGGAACGACUACAGCCAGUACUCCCCCUGGUCCUGUGACACCAUUGGCUCCUACAUCGGCACCAAGGACGCAAAGCCCAAAGACUCGGUGGCCUCUGGGGGUGUGGAAAUGAUGAACGUGGAGAGCAAAGGCGUGAGAGACCCGAGGCUGGAUCUGCAGCGGAGAGCCGCGGAAGCCAGCGACGACGACCUCAUUCCCUUCGGGGACCGGCCCACUGUCUCACGCUUCGGCGCCAUUUCCCGGACGUCCAAAACGCUCUACCAAGGAGCUCCCCCGAAGUCGCUGAACCUGCCAGAUUACAGCCCGUACGGAGCCCACGGAGGCUGGGGGCCGUCCCCGUACGCCCCGCACCAGAGCAUGCCUUCUCAGGGACACUUCAGCGAGAGGGAGAGGAUUCCCAUGUCGGAAGUGGCCGGUCACGGGAAACCCCUGCCGUCCGCAGAGAGGGAGCGACUCCGCCUGGAACUGCAACAGCUCAACCACCAGAUCAGUCAGCAGACCCAGCUCCGUGGACUGGAGAGGGACGCGAGUGCCCUGGCCAGCCAGCCACCGCCCAAGUGGCCCGCGAUGGUCUCCAGCGAGCAGCUGAGCCUGGAACUGCACCAGGUGGAGAGGGAGAUUGGGAAGCGGACUCGGGAACUGAGUAUGGAGAACCAGUGUUCUCUGGACAUGAAGAGCAAACUGAAUACGAAUAAGCAGGCGGAAAACGGACAGCCAGAAUCACAAAAUAAAGUUCCGGCCGAGGACCUGCCAUUGGCCUUCAGUGAUGUGCCGAAUGGAUCAGCCUUGACACAGGAGACCGUCGGCCUCCUGGCGAGCAAGACCAGCUCUCUGUCCCUGUCCGAGGACCCCGAGGGAGGCGGGGACGGUGGGGACGCCCAGAGACCGGGGGCCACGCCCGGUUCUGCUCCCUGAAGGCUGAGGAGGCCCGUCCCCCGCGCUUCUCACCAGCUGGGGAGCCCCAGGGGGACGAGAACGGGAAACUUUUCCGCUUUUUUCUCCGAGAGGCCAGAGAAAUACAGGAAAAGCCCGAGGCGGCGAUGUGCACGGACGCCACGAGGAACUCAGCCCCUGCACAUACUUCACACUAAUGCAUUUUUUAAUUUAAAGAAAAAAAGAAAAUUAGCAGUAUCUGCAAGCAAUUCAGAUUAAAUUUGUUUUUGUUCUGUGAAUGAACUUUAUUUUAAUAACUUUGGACGCCUUGGAUCCAGGGCUUUAAAAAAAGAAGAAGAUAUUAUAUAUACACUCUGUUUGAUUAAUUGUAUGAUCUUAAUGAAGUAGGUUCUUCCUGUAUUUCGGUAUUAUUACAUACCCAGUGUAUAUUCCGUCCCCCCCGUCCUGUCUGACUCUCUCAGUCCUAUAGACAAAAACAGAUGCAACAGCACUGGCUUUCCAGAGCAUUCUUUGGUGCUUAAGGACCAAGGACAGCUAUAGACCGACCUUUAGGUGUGCAGCAUCCCCUUUUUCUAGGUCACUAGCCUCAUGAGUUUGUCUUCCUGUGACCCUAAAAUGGAAUAUUUUCAACUUUUUGGAGCGAUGAUUACCAGGUGAUUUGUGAAAGCUCCUGUUUCCCCGAUGUGCAUCCUUUCUGGCCUCUUCGCGUAAGCAGAAAGCCGGGCGGAUACUUAGAGAUUAUUUUUAGCUAAAUGGAGAUGGAUUUUGAAGCAUAAGUUGAUUUGUUAGCACUGAAAAUCCAUGAUCGGUGUAUCACCCAUUCUGAACCCGAUGGUUGGAAAUUUUUGGAACUCUGAUUUUCCAAAGGAAACUUUAGCAAAAAAAACAUAGAAUAUCCAGACCCAGAGAAAUCAACUAUUUCCAAACAGAGGCUUUGGUUGGAAUUUAAAAUGAACAAAGCCAGGCGAUCUCAUUGAGGGUUUUUAUUUUGUUCUCAACGCCCUAAUGAAAAUUUCUCUCUGUUGGACCCAUUUGGGUUUUAGAGAUUCAUUAAAUCUAAAACUCCCUGGAUCAAGAAAGAAAAAAAACUAAUUUCUAAAUUGAUCGCUUGUUGCUGUUCAAAAUCAUUAGUCCAGGUCAUAUAAGUACCUAGGAAUCCAUUUUCAUCCGCCUGUCUUCACACUGUUGAAAACUUGCUUCCCGAUAGUGUCAGAAUGGGAGAGUCGCUCUGUCAUUUGGUUCUGCUGCACAAAUCCUGAAGUCACGGGUCUCUACAGACGAGAAAAGAGACGUCGUGGGGAUUGUGUGAUCAGUCAGCGUUCCCGUCCCUUCUCCUGCCCGUUUUUCUCUUCUCAGUUCCCCUUUCUGGAUUAUACUACUAAAACAGAAAGCACUGGUUAUGUAAUAAGUUACUGCAUUGCUUUGGUUGGGUAAAGCAAGAGUUUUGUGUUCUUUCUCGUUUCUGAUUUUCUUAACCCUUUAACUCCUGCUGAGGUCGGGAUCGCCUCGGUCUCAGCGCUGUGUCCAUCAUACUGUUAAUGGAAAAACAAAUGGGGGGGUGGGGCGGGGGGGUGGGGGGACAGUCCUGGCAUUGCCUACCAGUAGGAGAGUCCAAACAGAACACUCUUUUGAGUAGCAAUUAUUUAAUUUGCCCAGUCCAGGCUCCGUGUUUAUAUACUAUUUCACAUUGAAUUUGAUUAUGCCCACUACAGACCUAGCUGGUCAAGGAUUUGAUAUACACAUAUUGGCUUGGGAUUCGAGCUUUCUUUUUUAUUUAAAUAAAAAUUUAUAUAUAUAUUAUAUAUAUAUACAGAUAUACAUAGCUAUAUCUGUAUAUAUAUUAGUAUGCUUUAAGGAUUUUUUCGCAUGAGCGCAGCUGUUGCGAUAAAAUGAUGGAUUGGGAGACACUGAAUGGCAAUGAGGCUUUUUUUUCUUUUUUUCAGUUGAUACCCACAUUUUUUUCCUCCCCGAUUCACUUGCUUUCUGCUUUUAUUUUCAUUUUAUUUAUUUUUAUUUAUUUUAUUUUUUUUUUUUUGGCUUGAGACCCCUUUAUGUUUAUUCUUUUAAGUGCUUAUUGUGUUUUGGGAGAAGGACAGAGACUUGCCUAUGUCUCAUGGAGUUUCAGUGUUUUAUUUCUCUCCAUAACUGUGAAAGGCGAUAUUCUUCUGGAGGCAGAGUUGGGCAGUUCUCCUUUGAAAAUGUUAGAUAACUCCUAAAUCUUAGACACCGUGUGUUCCAUUUCUGCUUCAAGAUUUCUUGGGCAUCGGGAGGAAGCUGAUGAGUAUUUUAAGUCCAAAAUAAAAGUAAACUCCCAUGUCGCAUCUCUUGAAAGCCUUGAUAACUCAGGUUGUUUCCCUCACUUUCUCGAAAUGCACAUCUCACUCUUUGGGCAGAAACAGGGGUUCCUUGAUGCGGCACCCCAUUGUCCGUGAAAACUCAAAAAAGCACUGUUCCGAUUUAGUGACUUUUUUUUUUUUCACUCUGAAAAAUUGCUAUUUCCAUUUGUGGGGAGAAUAACUCUUCAGGGGUCGCCUUCAUUCUAGCAGGGCCUUGGGGGCAGCUGCCAUCUUGCCUGCGAGGCUAAACUCCUAACACCAGCCGUGUUAGGAGUCAGCACAACUUCCCAACUUCCCACGUUUUCUCUUUUUUUGUAGGGUAAGUUCGAGGGCUUUCCUCUUCCGGUUCCUCUGUCAUGGACCUCAGGAGGCGGUGGCCCUCUUAAGGGAGCAAGAAAUACUGUUUUCUUUCUCUCUCCUUCUUGGAAUAGUCCUUGCUUCUAAAAAUAACGCUUUGCUUUUCACGGAAUUCAAAAGCAGGACUUAACCCAGUCUCAAAUGAGCAUAAUCAGCAAACUGGGAUUUUAUGCUGGCUCAGUGAGGGCCUAGUGGAGAAUGAAGCGUCAGGAUAGCGAGAUUCUGGCUUCGGAGGUGUUUUGCCUCCAUUUGAGAUGGCCACAUCAAAGAAGUAAAGUGGAUCCUCUGUUUGGAUUUCCUUUUUUAUUUAAUAGUAUUUUUAUUUUUUAUUGAAACAUCAUAUCUACAGAGAUAUUCCAGCUCAUUUAAGGGGAGCCAGACAUCCACUCCUGCUAUUUGUCUAACGAAUCAAAAAAAUAUUCAGUACAGGGGCUGGAGCGAUAGCACAGCGGGGAGGGUGUUGGCCUUGCAUGCGGCCGACCCAGAUUCGAUCCCCAGCACAUCCCAUAGGCUCCUCUGAGCACUGCCAGGGGUGAUUCCUGAGUGCAGAGCCAAGAGGAACCCCUGUGCAUUGCCGGGUGUGACCCAAAAAAAAAAUUCAAUACAGCAUAGGGUUCCAGCGCUAUUAUUCAGAUGUGACGCUGUAUCUAAUCCCGGCUACUCAGGAUGGGUAAGAAAUUAUCUGCUCCAGCAUUAGCACGGAUGGCCCUUCCUUCUCCCAUCUCACUUCCGUUCGCUCCUCGCUUUCCAUGUAUUUAUUUAUUUUAUUUUUACUUUUUUGGCCUUAAAGACAUGAAAUGGGUGUGACUCAUUUGCCACCGUAACGUGUGGAACUCCGUGCAGCUUUCGCACAGGCCUUCAGAGGUAGAGCUCACAAAACUUCUUUCCCCCCCCUUCUUCUUCUGUCUCACAAAUUCCCCUGGACUUAACCCCCACUGCACUCCCAAUCUGCGUCAGUCGGCUGCCUCGAAACAAAGCAUUCAAAUGAAUUCGCUUAGCCAAUAACUUCUAUGAAGUUGCCUUUAUGGUGUUAUUACUCAGUGAUGCCCAGAUGUGGUAUUUGCCCUACUGGUAGGCAAAGGUCUGGUUCAAAUUGGUAACCUGCUGUUUUCUUGGGAAAGAGCCAAAGGCUUGACUCUGUUUUGAUUUGGGGAGGGGCGGGGAGGGGGGGGCGGGAAAUCGGAGCCAUUUUGAUUGUUUGCAACCUUUUUUCGUAUUUUGUGAGUUAAUGUACUGUGUAGAUAGGCGUAUCCUCAAGUUAACUGUUCCAAGUUAGCUGGCCUUAUCAAAUGUAAAAGUAAUGAAAAUUCCUUAUUUUCUCUACACUAGUGAAUGUCAUCUUUUUACUGUAUUCUGUAUAAACAGUCACUUGACCCUCCCCUUUGAGACAUAUUGUGGAUGGGGGGGGUAUUAUUAUUAUUAUUAUUAUUUUUCUGGUUGUUGUUUUGUUUUAACUAAAGGAUGAUCUGUUGUCACUCCUGUCAAGUUUUGGGGCUGAGUAAAAGAAUUCAUGAGCGGGCGACUGGUGAGAAAUAACUACUAGUCAUUAUAUUAGGUUAUAUUCAGAACUGGGAAAAUCUGAUUUUUUUUUUCACAAAAGAGUAUUUUAGUUGCUGUUAUAUGCAUGUGGUGGUGGAUGGAGGUCUAACCAUCUUUUUUUCACUUUUUUUUGCUCAUUUGAAAGCACUGCAUCAAAAUUUCCUAUUAAAAAAGUUUUCUAUAUUAAAUAUAUUGUAAACAGUGCCAUAUGAUUUAUAACUUCGUGAAAAAGAAAGUUCCAGUUACCUUUGAGGAGAGAUGAAUAACCCACCAGGAAAUGAACUGCAAUGUUUAUUUAGAUGUGUACCCUAAACUGUGUUUAACUAAGGUGAUACAUUGCUAAGAAUCGUUUUCCUGAAAAGUGAACUGCAAUGUUUAUUUAGAUUUGUACCCUAAAAGAGUUUGACCAUUUGGGGGGGGGGGGUGGGGGUGUGUGUGUGUGUGUGUGUGUGUGUGUGUGUGUGUGUGUGUGUGUGUGUGUGUGUGUGUGUGUGUGUGUGUGUGUGUGUGUGUGUGUGUGUGUGUGUGUGUGUGUGUGUGUGUGUGUUUAACUUAGGUGAUACAUUGCUAAGAAUGAAUCUCUUCCCUGAAAAAUGCCUUUUUUUUUUGUUUUACUUCUCUGAACCUCUUGGAGGGAGAAAACCUUUUUUGUCAAAAGUUACUAUUGAUUGUAGGAAGAAACAGCUUAAGAUUUUGUUCAGGCUUGUUUUUCUUGACUAGCGAAGGUGUUUCCACACAUUAUUGAUUCGAAUUGCUACCUAAUUGGCUAUGAUGUUAAUAAAGAAUGGGAAACCAUCACCAUCAUCAAUGCCUUCCAGUAGGUACAUUUCCAAUACUGCACUGAACAAAAAAAUGGCAAAGAGCCCCCAAAAUCCUGUUAGUUGAAGGGGCUUGACUCUGAAAAAAUGCUUGUUUCCAGAGUCUGUUUUCAGCCAAACACUGUAUUUCCUCAAAGCUGUAUCUCUCAGCUAAAAGAGGAAUACUGUCUAUUUUCUAAAACAAAGCAAAACAGAAAAAGGCAGAGUAGCCCAAAGGAGAAACUUCAGCCUCCCGACCACAAUAUGACAUCCAAAAAUGUGUGUUUUGUCACAUAGAAUCCUGUGGCCUUGUUACCCUAACGUUUAUUCUGAGCUGGUUCAGCUUCUGUUACGGUCACACUCUUUCUGACUGUUUUCUUCGGGUUUUGGUUCACAAGUAGACGAAGCUCAUGAGUCUUUGGUUUUCAUCCUGCACUCGGUCCUCCUGUAACUGGGGGCCUCUGACCCCACCCCAACUGGGGUGCGAAAGCAUCUAAAACAGAUGGAGACAAAUUAGUGGGUGGCUUAUAUGUUGACUGGGUUUGCCCCACCCAUAUUUUCUUCAGUGGCUGAUCAUCAGUGUCAUCUCUCCGCCGAUUAUGAAUCCACCUGAGAUGCUUAGGGAAAUCAGCAUUUUGAGCCUUUGCUCAUCAGUUUUUGCAUCUUCUGUUCAACUAAAACAUACUCCCGUGCAUGGCUUCCUUCCCUGGAUGGCGUCUUGACCACUGACAACAUUAUCCUCUCCCCUUUUCCCGCCUUCUAGUAAUGAAAAGGAUUUGGAAAACUUUUUUCAUUUUUCAUUUCAUUUUUUAUCCCUUGACUCAUGGUCCCCGCGAUCUUACAGUGAAUCUUUUUUGGAAGAAAAGUCAGUCAACUUUUCACCCACUCUUAAAUAUUUUCCUUCCACCCACUUAAACAUUUUCCAGUUGUGAGAUUCCUCUUGGCCUGUGGUCAUCCUGACCCCAUCCCCCUCAUUCCUGGCUCCCCUUUUUCCUGGCAAUGAACAGUUUGCUCCUUAGAGUUCACACCAGUCUCCUGAGACCUUCUGCCGCCUUUGGGGGUGGGUUUUAUUUUGUUUUCUUUAUGUAUUUUUUUUUUUUUAAGAAUUUAACAUGAAUGCAUUUUUGCUUGGGACAGCUUUUGUAGUCUGACAAUUGUAUUGAUGGUAUGUGAUUGUGCCCUGUGGACGUGUAGUUAACAAAAAUAAUCUUGGUUCAUAAAGGAGCCCGUGAGAUUUGAGUCAUGAAACUGCUUCAUUGGCAGUUCGGAAGAGAACAAUGCAUGUCUCUUGUUUUGCGCUUACAUGCGUUCCUGUUAUUUCCUUAUUUCAACUCCCGUUUCUUGCCUGCCUUCACCAAUCUAUUCAGAAGUAAAAAUAAUGAGCCUUCCAGUGAUAGCUUGCUUUUAAAAUUGCUCAUGUUUAGGAAAUUGUAUUUCGAAUUGUCUAAAAACUUUCAAAAAUAUUGACAGUAAACUUGGAAGUGGGUUGGAAUUCCCCAAGCUGUGAAUAAUUCCUUAGCAUCUGGCUAAGUAAAGUCUUAUUGGAAGACUCAGCCUCUUGAUGGUUGGGAAUAAGAGAAAAAAAAAUUUAAAAACAACCCUUUGAGAUGGACCGUUCUUUCCUUAGCUGACCCGGGUUCUAUCCCCAGGGUCCCUGCUGGUCCCUUGAGCACCACCAGGAGUAAUUCCUGAGUGGCCUUAAGAACAAACAAGCAAACGUAAAAACACCUGCUUCUCGAUUAAAAAGGGGGGUGAAAAAUCUGUUCCUGUUUGUAAAUCUUGACAGAAGUGAGGCUGGGAAAAAUACUUAAUAGUAGGAAGAGUUUAGGGCCACAAAAGUCUGAAUCUGUGAAUGAGCUCGUAUUUCACUAAUUCCAGGUUGGUUUGGGUUUCUUGAGAAGAUUCAGGCCAUCAUUUCCAACCUCGUAUUAUUUGUGUGUAUGUUGUUUAUAUCAAAGAUGCCACAUUUGAUUCACAUGUGAUUUCCUUUUAUUAUCUUGGAAACUGACUCUGCCUUGUGUUGUUCCUCAUUACUUAUGUAAAGCUCCCAAGAGUUGCAGAUAAAGGGAUUAUUUAACAGGAAGGAGGUGAUUCACCUUUCGGUUUGUAAAUAAAGUGUCUACAAGGUC